AACCAUUACUGAAUGGUUUGCUGGACAAAGGGAGAUAUUAUUUCCAACACCUCAAUCUCAAGCUGUGAAGAUGUGACUAAAAAUCUUGGAUCAAUUGUCUCAAACUCGAGACUUGAGGCGGAUAAACUCAUGGGUCCAAUCCCUUUUCUUGAUUACCCAGUGGAAGAGGCAGGAAUACGAAAGGACGUUGUCUGACAGAAGUGUUUCGACCAGCUGCGAGGUUACCUACGAGACCGACAAAAGAAACACACAUGAAAACAUAAAGACAUCUCCUGAUUUUCUAUAUAAGCCUGCUGAGUGAUGCAAUGCUGAUCACAUUCAGGUGUCAAGUGGUCAACGAGAUCAUCUAAUGACGAUAUAUUGAGUUGGUCUUUCCCAUUUCUUCUUUCUUCUACCAACAAAAAUUGCUGGUAUCGAGCAGUAAAGAAGUAUAUUAAUUCCAGUCAUGAUCUUUCUCGUGUUAUAUUAAUAUGUUGGAGAUUGGACCUCUGACCCUGCAAUAUGAUUGCUGGUACGUUGGGCUUUAUAAUGUUUUUCUCAAACACGAUCCUUCCUGCAGGACGUGGAUGUGGCCGCGAAACUGUUGUAACUUCACCUAUAACCCCUCUCGUUACUCCUCCUAUGCUGUCUCCCCUUACAGGGUUCAUCCCUGCAACAGAUCGAACCGUGUCAAGAGACGGACAGUCAAUCUUUCUUCUUUUUAGACAAGGACUGCCGCCCGUUCAUUACGGCAGAGGCUAGAUUCGAGAUCCCUCUACCCCCGGAGAUGCCCUUGUACAUUCCGUCCAGCCUAGGACAUAUCCACACUACAACAAAGCUGAUAAUCAAUAUUUGCAGAAGGCCGUCUGGCAUAGCGUUGACUCCUUUUGUCUAGCUUGUCACAAAGCAGCUACGUUGGUGUUAAAAUAUCUUUAACAAAACUCAUAUUCGGCCUUCCUUAACGCCUACCUGUAUUAUUGAAAUUACGCUUGCAGGCGCAAAUGGCGAUUAGCUUGUUCAACCAAUCCCUUCUCGUCGCUUACGCAGAGAUUCUCCUUCUUAGCCU